ACUUCAGCUGCACGGUGACCAUUUACUUUGUAGAGGUAGGUUUAAUUGGGACAUGAAGUUUGACAUAUGUGAGGGUUCCGUCGAGGUUGUUCCUGACCUUAGGAGAACGUGACCUCGCGUUGGUGACCUCUAGCAGCAUCUCGACCUCCUGACGCGAUUGCUUGUAACUACGUAGCGACCCUCACCCAGGCACUGCAGCAGCGGACUGCGCCGUCCCAUCAGACUUUCAGCAGCAGCAUGCACGUGCACUGAGUGCAGCUGUCGCUCUACCUGCUGCUUGCAGCUGCACAGUGCAGCUCUGCAUGUCACAGCGCAUUGAGCUCCCUUCUCAGCCCCUAGUCGUCAGGCGCAGUGCCGCGGGCCCCUGGUGGUGCACACGCCCGCUGAACGCACGUGCCUCGGUGAGUGUGUGUGCCGCGACUUUGCCUGUCCUCCCUGCUGCCGCGUCCGUGCCGCGCCGCGCCGCUUUGUCGCUGCACGCCGCGUCCUGCAUUAGACUCCUUUGCCGCUUGAGCUUUCUAGUCGCCGCCUCUUAGAGUACACCGGAGGUAAGGCUGCAAACAACUGAGGGAACUAAACUUUCUGCAGCCUUCCUUACUAUAAGUUUCAGCUGGGCUAGUGAAGACCACAAGAUUACACCUACGACUCGUCCCGAAUCCUGAAAAGUUCCCCAGCACCUGGGUACAGAUGGCCGUGUGAGGGUCACGUGACGCUGGCAGCUCACAAGGCCACAGACAGGUCAACAUCAAAGAGCCGGGAGUAGGUAACGGGUACAUAUGCACUAGGUUGCCAUGGUGAGCGGGGACAACGUGACGGUGACCCUGACCGGCGGAGCACCAUGGGGCUUUCGGCUGACAGGCGGCGGGGCGCUGCCACUGGAGAUCUCCAAGAUCCGGAAGAAGAGCCAGGCGCAUGCGCAGGGCCUGCGCGAAGGUGACGCAGUAGUGAGCAUCAACGGCAUUCCGGUCCACGACCGCACACACGACCAGGCGCUGGACCUCAUCGACCACGCCGGCGACACGCUUACCCUCCAGAUCUACAGAGGUGAAGCCGAUGAUCUGGGACAGUUGCUCGCGUCCAACAAGCCCGCCCCUACCCUGGCGCCCUUCCUUCCUCCAGGAACUGUCAAGGAAAGGUCACCCACCAUGACGUCAUCAGCCUCUUCCGUGGCGACCUACGAUGACGGCAGCACGCAGAGACGGGUGACGCAGGACAUUUUCGUCGAGCAGGACGUGGGGCUGAGGAAACAGACUUUCGUUAGGAGGGAGGAGACUACCUCCGUCAGCACCACCACGAGCGGUGGAGGCGAGAUCAAGGUGGUUGACGGCGAGGUCAUCAUCCCAGUGGACACAAUCAUUACCUGCGACAGCUUCAACGGCGGCAUGUCUGUGGAGACGUCAUCAACUACACAGCGCAAGACCUCCGAGGCAGUCAUACAGCUACAGCGGCCAGGUGCGACAACUCUAGCAACUACUUCUCCUCGUCCCUCUCCAGCAGUGUCUCCAAAGCCGGAACCCGUGAAGUCGUCAUCGCCCUUAGUCGUUCCCAAACCAACUUUCAAAGCGGUCGCUCCUAAGACACCCCCACCAGUAGCACCCAAGCCCUCCGUUGCACCACAGGUGCCUCCCAAACCCAGCUUCAAGGCGGCGCCUCCGCCAGGUGCCCCUGUGUUCUCACCUGGCAAGUUCCAGGUGUCUGCCGCCGCCAUGUUCACCCCCAGCACCCAGACGCCAUACCUCCAGGUUGAGCAACAACAGCAGUCAUCCCUUCCCACAGUACAUCGGCAAGUGUACUCACCCAGUGUCCCCAAACCAUACUCACCUAGCGGGCAACGGCCUUACUCCCCGGCUGGGCAACCAAGCCCCGCACCCUUUUCUCCUCUAAGUGUUUCCUCGCCUUUGUCCCCGGCCACUCCCUCCCAGUCCUUCUCGCCUUCCUCCCUUGGGAGCGGACCCAUGUUUAACGUGCGCAAUAAUCUCGGCAAGGGCAAAACACUCUGGCAGCCUAACAUGUGGCUGCCGGGCCAGGAACCCAACCAACAGCAGUCACAACCAAAGAACCAGCAACAACAACAACAACAGCAGCAGCAAAGAGAUCGCCCCUCGGAGAACGUGGAGGUGCCCCCGCGGAUGUCUGUCAAAGAACGUCAGCAGAUGCUGCUGAACCAGACGGCGGUGAACAAGCACUCACUCAGCGCCCGACAGAUGGAGCCCGCCAUCUUUCAGCUGCAGUCGCCGCCAGAGGAUGAACCCUUCAUCAAUUCCCAUAUUUUGCACGUCUUCGGGCCACCCGUGGAGAUCACACCCUGGGGUCCCCGACGGGACAGUGCGGGGGAGGAGCUGGCCCUCGUGAGAACAGACAGCGUGGAAAGCGUGCCCUCCAGUCCCGGCUCCUCGCUCAUCCGUAGGAAGAAAAAGCUCUACUCCGACUCUGCGUUUUACGAAGACCCCGAACACAAGUACCCGACCAUCCAGGAGCAGAUGAAACUGUGCCGCAUCAUCUCGCAGUCCCUGACGUCAGCAGCCAAUCGCAAGGCGCGCGGUGCCAAGAUGUUCGCGCGGCGCAAGCGCAAGUCGAGCCGCUGGGUUCACGAGGGCCACAGCGAGUGGUCAUCCUCUGCAGGCGACGUCGCCAACCUCGACGAGUUGGACAGCGAGCUGAGCCCUGACGAGGGAGGCAACAAGGUGCUCUUCACGUUCCGCAUCCCCAGCGUCAAACACCGCGUGUCCAGCCCGGAGAGCAACACCAAGAUGAGCUUGAAGAAGGAUGAGUUUGAGCGUCUGCGACUGCAGGCUGCCAAGUGCGACCACACGGCCGUGUCCCCCGGCACGUGCUUCGACAUCGCUGCCGACCUUAAGGCCAGCAAGGGUCGCGCCGGCCGUCUUUUCGAGCGACGCAAGAACCGCGCGGACAAGUUCAUCAUCGACGAGACCAACGCGCGCUCCCCCGGCCCCCGGACGCCCAGGCUGGAGGACCUGCUCAAGACGCCGCUCAAGUCGCAGUUGUCGCCGUGGGAAGCAGCUCAGUCGGACGAUGCCGGGCGCGUGGACGCGGCCUUUGACCACCUGACGGACGUGGAGCGCAUGCAGAAGCUGAACCAGAUGCUCAAGUACAAGCCACCCAAAGCCGCCGUCCCUGACCUCGCGCCCACCCCUUACACCGGCCCCCACACCGACCUUCGCAGCGACACCCAGCCACACCUUCUCAGGGACGUAACUUCAACCGAAUGGCAAGGGGUUGGCCGGGUGGAGCCGACAGCGGCUCUCGUGUAUCAGCGGCAGCUGCUUCAUCCCACGUCGUGUCACAGCCAGCCACUCGUCCCGCCAGCGCCAUUCUCGAUCCAAAAGCACAAGGGCCGAAGGUCCAGUUUGGUGACUACAACCCCCGCCCCAAGGCCUGGCAAGGGGGACAACCUCAAGGAAACUCCUUCUCGUGUCCCCCAUCCAUGUCGACGUCAUGGGCUUCCAGUGACUUUGAGGCUGCCGCCCAGUCCCCCCAGACUGAUCUGUACUCCCCCGAUCUCUUGCCCGCCACGGAUUUGUAAAGGGGAGAGGGGCUGGGCUGGGGCACUCCCUGUGUCCUCUACACAGUCCGACUCGUACCACGUCUUAGGGUGCGGUCAGGGGAGAUCAUUAGCGAGUUACUGCCCCUAACCGUUUGUUCCAACGCCCUCACCUGUCAGUCAAGUGGUCAAAUCAAGCUCAGGACAGGCUUGUGUAGCAAACCUUCUCGAAUCCCACCUGUUUGUCUUUAAAGUUUUGAGUGAUAUGUUGUGAUCGUAGUUUGAGGUCAGUGUAGCGAGUCUCGAAUACAAGAUAAAAGAUGCUUCAUCAUCAGCGGCGAUAAACACACAUCGCGUCUGCACCACCUGCAUCUGGGUGGACCACCCGACACUCCAGCUGAAGUAACUCUGUCUGUCGAUCGUUUUGUCAAGGUGUCUACAUGAAAUGAUUCGAGGAGAAAACUACAGAACGAAGAAGGUGGGAGAGGGGUGAGGUCAAACACUUUCCUAACGUCUGUUUUAUCGCCGUAACGAAAGCAGCCAAAGCUCCUGUCGUCUCUUACUACUGUGUACAUCAACUACUAAAGCAGCAAGAGUCACUCUCUGUACAUUAACAGCUUUCGCCAACAUUUCUCUCGCCCUUCAGUUCAGAAAAAGUGCCUAAAAACCAAACAGGUUUUGAGUCGUUUCAUUAAAACCAUUUUAACUGUCACACACAACUUGUCCAGUCACGUGACACGAUGUGCAAUGUGUGGCACUGAAUCAAGUUUCGUCCUGCCCAGGAAUGUUUCAGACAUUCUAGAACUGCAAUAUAUUCCCGCAGUUGUAGAUAUUUGAUAAAACGUAUGUCACGAAGAAACGAAAGUGAUUCCACAGAAGCUGGAAGUUACAUCAUGUUUCCAAAGAAUUUGUUUAAACCUUGCAUACGGAUCUUUGAACCUUGCAGUAGAGGUAGAGUUGUGGUCAACAAAGAACACUUUACUAGUCUUUCCGUCUCUUCUAUGCUGAAGCUACUUGUCUGCUUCUCGUCACGUCUGGCCAUCAGGAAUGUUGAUACCAUCCGAUGAGACGUCUACCACCUUCAUCCUGUGUAAUUCAACGAAAUAACAAGAACGACAAACCUGACGAUGGUGAUGAUGACGAUGAUGAUGCACCACUUUCCUAUAAGCGUGCCUUGACCUGCCUGCUAUACAUGACGUAGAGAAAGUGUAGAAUCACGUAGCACGUGACACGGAGGCCGACGUGCAGCUCGCACCCUGACGAUCACGGCGUGUACUCGAUCUUCAGUUUUUCAUCGAACGAUUGAACGAUUGUCGUGCGUUUAUUCGGCGUGCAUUCUGUAACCGACGUUUGAUUGACUUGUUGGAGGGAUUUCCUCUAGCGGCGUCUGGUAUUCUGUUGACAAGCGUGUAGCUACAAAGUGUUUGUGUACAAGAGUUCAAGGUCAGCAAGAAGUUGGAUUUGCGAAGACAAGAGGUGUGAGACCGACCUUCCAAAGCCUGUAUUUUUGCUGUAUAUUUUGAGCUGAUAACAUUUCCCUUGUGCACACCUCGUUUGCAUUUUGCAUAUCUGUUUGAUCCUGUAACUAGUUUGGAUGCUGAUAUUUCUUAUUCUUUCCAAGUCCAGGAAGUCGUGGAGACAAGAGAGCAUCGGGACGUAGCAGCCAGAGCUGAUCAACGUGUUGUUAGUCCAGACUAGAUGCACGCACGUUACUUUACCUGUACCUUUGAUGCUCACCGCAUGUUGUUACACAAAUGCCUCUAGUGUCUGGACUUUGUGCGCGCUGUUACCACACGUCCACGUUUACACAUGAGUGAUUGUGAUAUUAUAUUGCCUCGUAUUAAAUGCUGCUGCUUUGACAACCCUCCCUCUAUUCACCCACCUUACCUCCUCCCGGGCAGGCUAGCUUUGAGGUAAGGCAGGUAACCUGAAGGCGAAACCCUCUGAUGUAAAACUACUUUCUAAUCAGUGGUGAAGCUACUUCCAGUUGUUGUCACCAGCAGCAGGUCACCCAGGGUGUUCUGGGGUCUAGGCAGAGAGGUGGGGAGCAGCAGGGGUCGUGCGCAACUGUAGCGACUCACGUGAGCCAAAACCCCUUCGCUCAGCUGCCCCAUCCCUCUUCCCCAUCCCUCCCACUGUCUUCCAGCCAGGAGUCCUACGGAAGAAAGUGUGUGGCUGGAUAGGGGCUGGUGAGAUUCCAUCAAACCUGGAGCUGGCUGCGCCUCCAACAGGUAGGUGUCGUUACCGUGCCAACUUCGUCAGAUGAACCAGGCACUGUCAGUGGCACGCGCUUUUCUUCCAGCAGGUAACAGGCGUCACCUGUACCAGCUUCGUCAGGUGCCUCACGCCCUGUCUUUGAAUCUUGGCCUGACCAGACGCGGGACAUGGGCUCUUGUGACUCGCCUUUCGCUUUCGUCACUGCCCCCCACCCCCUGGCUGUCUGGCUGGCUGGCUGGCAAGGGGCGACAAGCACACAUGUCACGCCUGACUGGCGUCAAACUGGUGACGUCAUUGCGUAGGUAGCCGUCUGAGCAUCACCUGGCUUGGGCUGGAGAUAAUCAGGUGUAAAUACAAGCAAUGCUUUAGCUAAAAUAGUCCAUCAGUAUACUGCCACCGGAUAAAAAAUACUAGAACAUGGUCUACUGGUAGGCUGCAUAGUCUGGCCCUAUUUGUUUCUAAGCAUUGUAAAUGGCAAUGAAGAACUGGCACAAAGCUCAACAAUCUCGAUUUCACAGUUCAUCUAAUGUGCACACGAUUAGCUAACCUCCACUUUGUGUACACUUAGUUUUACUCCUGUUAACGGCGUGCUUUCACAGGUUGUAUACGAGAUCACUUGCCUUAAUAAGUGUAUUCACACACUGCACGCGAAAUCACUUCUGCUAAUGAGUGCAUUCAAACACUGCGAAACCACUUCUGUUAAAAAACACAAUCACACACUGUAGGCAAGCUUUAUAGAGAAUUAUGUGGCAGUCAGUGAGUAUUUUCCUCAACUCCUCGAUCUGUAGGCACCAGUGGCAGGGCGUUGCUGUGUAACAGUAUCAUUCUGCUACACCAGACAUUCUAUGCGCAGUCUGGCUGUCUGCUUGUGUUGAUUAUUCAGCUAGUCCCGAGCGACAUAUUGGCACCAGGCUCAUUUUGCUGCAGCAGCUCUCAAACAAACGAAGAGCAUCGUGAAAGACAAUGUGAAACUGUGAAAGACAAUCUCCGAUUGCCUAGCAACGUCUCACAUCAGCGAUGAGUUAAUUAACUGUGCUGUGACUGCACCAAAGUAGGUGUAGACAUAAUUAUGAAGGAUUAGCACUAUAAAAAUUACACCGUUAAUUAAGAAGAUCUAAGCAUAAUUAUGCAGAGUUGCCACUAAAUAUUAAUCAAUUAUCGUUCUCAUUUGCGGGACUCAAUUUUACAAAAUAUUUAAACAGCUUUUCCCAGUCUGCAACCUACUUUCUAUCGUCAGGUCCGAGCGAUAUAAACUCGAUCAGUACAUGAAUACUUGGCACAUCACGACCUUUGUCCUUAUCCAUUCGAGCAUCAGCUAAAACACUCUUGCAGGUAGCUUUCCCAGUCGUUGUGCCAAUGUCGGGGUUGGGGUGGAGGGGGAGAUGUGCCAAAAAGCAAACCACGGAGUUAGGAAUGCAAGGCGGCGGUACUGGCAAGUCAUUGUGCCGCAGCUUGUGGCAGUUCUCCUGCAUCUCUGAUACAUGUACCCACCCCCACGCACCCAACACACGAAACUGGCGGGUGAGAUGUACUGGGUGAUUGUUGUGUGCCGCCGGAGCUCGCCGACAAGCGAGAGGAUACUCUUACCACGCGCUAAGCCACGGCGCGCGCCAUAUUAGGUCAGCAGCGCCCUCAGUCCCGCGGCGCCCUCUAGUGCCGGGCUGUCACAGCAACCAUCAGCACCAGGCUGUUAACUCGCCAUCAAGUGCUGUUAUCGACGAAGACACUUGAUAAAGGAACAGAGAAUGUGUACAUGCGAGGCUAGCGAUAGGUUUCUGCGGUAGAAGUUUUCAAAGCGAAGUGGAGAAUAGUGGGUACACUUCCACCCUAAAUACUGAGCGUGGUGUAAAAUUCUGGGAGUGCAACCAUUUAAUUAACUGACAUGCGCAGUAUAGUCAUCUCCAGCUGAUGGCGUCUGGGUGUUCAGAUGCGGUGUAUUUGCUGUCAAAGCAUAUCUGCUGUCUAACGUGGGACAUUUUGCCUGCAACUGCCCGGUGCCUGCAGUGAGCUCUCAGACCCGCCUGGUGCCAGAGUUGCAGCACACAGUGCGGCAUCCGACUGCGGCCUGCCAAGUUCGCGCUGUUCCUGUGCACUAGGGCGCAUGCGCACCUAUGCAAGCUGAAUGUAUGCGGCUUAUAGGGCUAGAGCUUGCAUCUCCUUUCCUUGCGUAAAAAUGUCCACAGAUUUCUGUGUACUGCCCACAAGACAUCGUGAAAAGAAAUGUUGAUGUGUGUGAACUGUGACAAACCCAGCUCUGCUGCGUGUCUAGAGUUGUUAUGAGAUAAUAAUUAUAGUUUACCUGCAUUUCGCCAGGUGCCGCUCGGGUUGUUGUGCAAUAGUCCACAUGGCUCACUUUAUUUUUAGUAGAUUAUGUAGAGAGUGUUUGCAUUCCGUCUAAGCCAUUAUGUCCAUUUACCACUUUGGUGAUGGAAGUAGUGUGGAAAAAAGUUUUAUAUACGGUUGUUUUGUUUUGCAUUUAUGGUUGUGGAAAUGUUUCCACUGCGCACUGUGAACUCCCUCAUUCCUCAUGGGCGAGGAACGGGAACUCUGUAGACGCUCAUUCCUGCCCUCCAUCAAAUAAUCUCCCUUUAGAGAAGGCACGCUGAAGGUGUGACCUAGCGUUUGUUCAGUGUAGCCAGAACUACAGUCCGACAGCCCACACGGCUAAGAUUUGUUGAAGAAAGAAUAAAGAAUCUGAGUCAAGUCUAAA